AUGGUGAAAUUCAGUAUUGAUGAAAUCCGUAACAUCAUGGACAAGCAACCACAGAUUCGUAACAUGUCUGUGAUUGCUCACGUCGACCACGGUAAAUCCACUUUGACCGAUUCUCUCGUCGCUGAAGCUGGUAUUAUUGCUGCUGCCAGUGCUGGUCAACAACGUUUCAUGGACACUCGUGAGGACGAACAAGAAAGAUGUAUUACCAUCAAGUCUACUUCUAUCUCCCUCUACUAUAAGAAGCAACUUGAGUCUGGUGAUAGUACUGAAUAUUUGAUUAACUUGAUCGAUUGUCCAGGUCACGUUGACUUUUCAUCUGAAGUCACUGCUGCUUUGCGUGUUACUGACGGUGCUUUGGUCGUUGUCGACUCUGUUGAAGGUGUCUGUGUGCAAACUGAAACUGUGUUGAGACAAGCUUUGCAAGAACGUAUUAGACCAGUUUUGAUGAUGAACAAGUUGGACAGAGCCAUGCUCGAACUCCAAUUACAACCUGAGGAUGCUUAUGCUAACUUUAAUAAGGCUAUUGAGUCUGUGAACGUUGUCAUUUCUACUUAUAACGAUGGUGGUUUUGGUGAUCCACAAGUUUAUCCAGAAAAGGGAACCGUUGCUUUCGGUUCUGGUUUGCACUGUUGGGGUUUCACUUUGAAGAAGUUUGCCAAGAUGUACUCGAAGAAGUUUGGUGUUGCUGAGGAAAAGUUGAUGAAGAAAUUCUGGGGUGAUAACUUUUAUGAUGUUGCUGGUAAGAAGUGGGUCAAGGAUUCCCAAGGUGGUAAAUUGCAAAGAGGUUUCUGCCAAUUCGUUUUGGAUCCAAUCUACAAGGUCUUCCACGCCUGUAUGAAUGAUGAUAAGCCAGCUUUGGAAAAGGUCUUGCCAGCUUUGGGUAUUACCUUGUCUAGUGAUGAUAAACAACAAAAGGAUAAGAAGUUGAUGAAGAUUGUCAUGCAAAAGUGGUUGCCAGCUGCUGAUGCCUUGUUAGAAAUGAUUGUCACUCACUUGCCAUCACCAAAGGUUGCUCAAGCUUACAGAUAUGAACACUUGUACAAUGGUCCAUUGGAUGACAAGUAUUGCCAAUCUGUCAAGAAUUGCGAUCCUAACGGUCCAUUGAUGAUGUACGUUUCCAAGAUGGUCCCAUCCUCUGAUAAGGGUAGAUUCUUUGCUUUUGGACGUGUCUUUUCUGGUAAGAUUAGAACUGGUCAAAAGGCUAGACUUAUGGGUCCAAACUUUGAACAUGGAAAGAGCACAGACUUGUUCGAAGACAAGACCAUUCAAAGAACUGUCGUCAUGAUGGGUCGUUAUACUGAAUCUGUGGAUGACAUUCCUUGCGGUAACGUUGCUGGUUUGGUCGGUGUCGAUCAAUUCCUCGUCAAGACUGGUACCAUUACUGAUGCUGACUGUGGAGAUGCUUGUCCAUUCAAGGAUAUGAAGUACUCUGUCUCACCAGUCGUCAGAGUUGCCGUCGAACCAAAGAACCAAUCUGAUUUGCCAAAGGUCAUUGAAGGUAUGAAGAGAUUGGCCAAGUCUGACCCACUUGUCCAAUGUACCAUCAAUGAAGAAUCAGGUGAAAAGAUUAUUGCAGGUGCUGGUGAAUUGCACUUGGAAAUUUGCUUGAAGGAUUUGAGAGAUGACUAUUGUGGUGGUAUUGAAUUGAAGAUUUCCGACCCAGUCGUUGCUUUCAGAGAAACUGUCACUGAAAAAGGAGCCUUUGAUACCUUGACCAAGUCUCCAAACAAGCACAAUCGUUUGUACAUGCAUGCUGAACCAUUGCCAGAAGAAUUGCAAGAAGAUAUUGAACAAGGAAAGAUUUCUCCACAAGACGACGUCAAGAAGAGAUCCAAGAUUUUGCAAGAUACCUAUGGAUGGGAUCAAGAUCAAGCCAGAAAGAUUUGGUCUUUUGGUCCAGAUCAAAAUGGUCCUAACUUGAUGGUCGAUUGUACUAAGGCUGUCCAAUACUUGAACGAAAUUAAGGACUCGGUCAACUCGGGAUUCCAAAUUGCUGCCAAGGAAGGUGCUUUGUGUUCUGAGCCAUGCAGAGGUAUCAAGUACAACUUGACCGACGUUACCCUCCACACUGACGCUAUCCACAGAGGUGCUGGUCAAAUUCUCCACACUGCUCGUAGAGGUUGCCAAGCUGCUCAAUGCAAUGCUGCACCAAAGAUUUUGGAACCUAUUUUCUUGGUUGAAAUUCAAUGCCCAGACUCCGUCUUGGGUUCUGUUUACUCGGUCAUGAACAAGAGAAGAGGUACCAUUGAUCAAGCCAUCCAAAGACCAGGUACUCCAUUGUACAAUGUCAAGGCCUUCUUACCUGUCCUUGAAUCAUUCAACUUUACCACCUUGUUGAGAUCUGAAACUGGUGGUAAGGCCUUCCCACAAUGUGUGUUCCACCAUUGGCAAGUCGUUGGUGGUGACCCAUGGGACAAGACUUCCAAGAUUAGAGAGUUGGUAGUGGAAACUCGUAAGCGUAAAGGCUUGAAGGAUGAGGUUCCAAACUUAGAAGAAUUUGCAGACAAGUUGUAA